UAAAAUUCAAAGCAGUAGGAUGUGAAAUACCAGAAUAGUUACCUACGCAGCUAUUUACAUUUCAAUCAAAAAAUACAGUGACAUAUACAAAUAGAAACUAAAAGAUGUAAAUCUAGUGGUUUUUUUUAAAAAAAGAAUAAAUUAAAAUAAGUUGUAAUGAAGAGACUAAGUUCUAGUUGUUUUUCAUCCAUAUGAUUGAAUGGACCAAUCGUGUUCCACAUCCAUGUUCCUCAUCUUCAGAUUGUCCACGACAUCAUGUCUUCCACCCGAACCCGAGUAUCUCCCGUAUACACCGUGCUCUGCGAACCGGCAGCAGUCCAUAAUUCAGAACCGGAUAGACGUACCCGGAUAUCCAUCCUACUUCAUACCCGGGGGCAGAGAUGCACGGAGAAUCUAGCCGCGCCCGACAUGGAGGUGAAACAAAGGGAAUGGUAGAUGCAAGGAGGCUUGUGGCCCGCAGAGGGUCCGAAGGGUUUCCAUGUGAAGACCAACUCCAGGUGAUCCACUUGGCAAAGGAACCCCGUCCACAUGUGGCACGCGGAAGCCUCGACGCAUAGAGGGAGAGAGAGGGGGAGAGAGGGGGGGAGAGAUUUCCUUCGUCACUGCAAAACGAACUGACGUUGCGACGCCUGAAAACUGGGGAUCGAGCAGCGCCGUGGUGGAUCGCAACUGGGAUCGCAAGGCUCUAGACACACAAUCAUACUAUACAUCUCUCGGCAGCUGGAGCAGGUGAUGGUCCGUGGUGAGGCUCGCGAGAGUAUGGGAUCUUCCCGCGGUUAGGUCCAGCAUGUGCUGAAGCUUCACCAGACCGAAAAUCCUAAUGCUAUCCAUCGACCGACCAGCUCCCAUGGAGAAUCGGACGUGAUCUUACUCAUGUUGUAAAGCGGAUUGCAGGCGGAGAGCGCACUGGCAGUGAACAAAAUCAGCAUCGCAUGUGAGCGGGAGACACUGGCAGUGUAACAGCUCGUUUGCUGUGUUCCGGAUAUAAUAGUUUGGAGAUAAAACACACAAAAGAUGGGUUGCGAAGGUUGGAGAAAGAGCUGUACAGAGUAGUGAGCAGGUGAACCUAUAAUGAAAGGCCUGAAAAUUGCGUUGAAACUCCAGGUACCGUCCGCAGUCUGAGGUCCGCAGAGGAGCUGAGCUGGAAGAGGAUCUGGAAUGCGGAAACCAGUUGCCGAAGCUGCGCCGGGCGCCCGUUAUUAUAUCGGGGAAAGAGAGGCCGGAUUGUCAAAUGAAAAAGAGCCACUCACUCGACUGAGUCGACUGGUUAUUAGACUAGAGUUGGGUAAGCUCCUGAGACACUGAACUUGCAGUGCCGGGGUUCAGACAUGGCGGGUUCAAUUGGGUUGCAACUGUGCUCGGCUGUCGAGGAGCGGGAGGAGCGAGCUUUGGUGCCCGUGCCCCGAGAAUUCCAGUCCAGGGCUUUGAUCAAAUCCCGCGAGCAGUAUGAGGAGAUGUACAAGCAAUCGAUUCAGGAUCCUUCGAGAUUCUGGGGGAAGAUUGCGAGCCAGUUCUAUUGGCAUCGCAUGUGGGACACUUCUAAGCCCGUCUUCCGCUCCAACUUUGACAUCCGUCAAGGGCCCAUCUUCAACGAGUGGUUCAAGGGGGGGUUCACGAACAUCUGCUACAAUGCGCUAGACAAGCACGUCAACGAAGGCCGGGGCGAGCAGGUUGCAAUGCUGUGGGAAGGCAACGACGUCGGCCACGAAAUGCGUCUCACCUACAGCGACGUGCUUCAGAAGACGUGCCAGCUCGCCAAUUACCUUCGCAAGCGGGGAGUGAAGAAGGGCGACCGCGUGUGCAUCUACAUGCCUAUGGUGCCCGAGCUUCCCAUCGCCAUGCUCGCUUGCGCCAGAAUCGGAGCCAUCCAUUCUGUCAUAUUCGGGGGCUUCAGUGCAGAGUCGCUGGCAGGCCGGAUUUUGGACUGCAAGUCCGACGUGCUGCUCUCCUGCUCGGCUGUGCAGCGUGGGGCGAAGGUUUUGAACUUGAAGGUCAUUGUCGACGAGGCGCUGCAGCUUUGCCUGGAGAAAGAGAGCUUCCAGCCAGGAACUGUCUUGAUUUACGACAACAAGAAUGCUGUACCGAGGAGCAAGGUGAAGUGGGUUGCAGGGCGAGAUUUGUGGUGGCAAGACGAGGUGCGGUCGUGCAGCACCGUUGCGCCCGUUGAAUGGAUGGAGGCUGAGGAUCCUCUCUUCCUCUUGUACACUAGUGGCUCCACCGGCAAGCCUAAGGGAGUUCUGCACACAAUCGGUGGCUACAUGGUGUAUGCGGCGACCUCAUUCGAAUAUGUCUUCGACUACCAACCCGGUGACAUCUUCUGGUGUACAGCAGACUGCGGAUGGAUCACCGGCCACACGUACAUUUGCUAUGGUCCCUUGCUGAACGGCGCCACGCAAGUUGUCUUUGAAGGUGUGCCAACGUACCCAAGCCCCAGCAGAUGGUGGGAGAUUAUUGAGAAAUACAAAGUGUCGAUCUUCUACACCGCGCCGACUGCCAUUCGGUCCUUGGAAGCGCUCGGCGACAAACACGUGACGAAGCAUAAUCUGUCCAGCCUUCGAGUUCUGGGCACGGUUGGAGAAGCCAUCAACGCAAAGGCAUGGCACUGGUACCACCGCGUGGUCGGGCAGGGUAGGUGCCCAAUCGUCGACACAUGGUGGCAGACAGAAACCGGAGGAAUCAUGAUCACGCCCUUGCCGGGCGCUUGGUCUCUCAAGCCAGGCUCCGCAACGCUGCCAUUCUUCGGAGUGCAGCCGGUUGUGUUGGAUCAGGACGGCAAGGAACAAGAUGGUCCAUGCUCAGGAUACCUUUGCAUCAAGGGAGCGUGGCCAGGAAUGGCCCGCACCUUGUAUGGCGACCACAAGAGGUUCGCUGAGACGUACUUCACGACAUGGCCCGGGUUGUAUGUCACCGGCGAUGGCUGCCAACGCGAAGCCAACGGCUACAUCACCCUCACGGGCCGUGUGGACGAUGUCGUGAACGUCAGUGGCCAUAGGAUCAGUAUUGGUGAAGUGGAAUCAGCACUCACUUCUCACAAAUUGUGCGCUGAGACAGCUGCUGUUGCCUUCGACCACGAUGUUAAGGGACAAGGGAUCUACGCGUUCGUGACCCUGGUGGAGGGCGCUAAACCAUCGGAACAGCUCAAGAAUGAGAUCAAGGCUGCUGUCAGAAAAGAGAUUGGAUCUUUUGCGGUUCCAGACGUGAUCCAGUGGGCUCCUGGACUACCGAAGACACGCAGUGGGAAGAUUAUGCGCCGGAUUCUGCGAAAGAUUGCAGCGAAUCAGUUUGAUGAGCUGGGUGAUGUGAGCUCGCUGGCAGACCCGGCUGUGGUGGAGCAGCUCGUGGAGGGGAAGCGUGGCGGCGCUCGGAUCUCUAAGCUCUGAGCAUACUUAGAAGCUUAGACUGUACACAUUGAAUUGGUGAAAUGUUCAGUAUCAAAUAUUGAAUUUCAUCUCACCACUUAGAAUAAGUCACCGAAUAGUGUUCUUUCCUGUCGAGUUUCAAGUAGAGCUCUUGAGAAGCCCUUUUUUAGAACGAAGAAGACGAACAAUAAGUUUGCUGUUUCAAAAUAUGUGUCAACGGUCUGAAUCCUUGGCUAUGGAAUUCACCACUGUACAUUGGGAAACGACAUUGAAGACAAAAUUACACCAGAACAUUGUGUAUAA